AUGCCUAGAAAACGUGUUAACAGAUCUCCGCCUGUUGAGAAGAGAUCGGAUGAUUGUGAUGAUGACGAUUUUUUGUUUGACGAUACGCAGUCUAGUUCAGGAAGAAGUUCACACGAGCCGCAACACAGAAACGCAGCUAACGCAAGAGAACGAGCAAGGAUGCGAGUUCUCUCGAAAGCAUUUUGCAGGUUGAAAACAACACUGCCAUGGGUGCCAGCGGAUACAAAGCUGUCAAAGCUGGACACGCUGCGACUUGCGGCCUCGUAUAUCGCACAUUUACGGGCGCUGUUGCACGAGCCGCGUUCUGCACACACUCCGCCGCACCCGCUGAGCCUAGCGUGGCCGUUUGCUUUCCAACACGGAGGCGCCUUAAGUUGUGCUAUUUCACAAAGAUGGAACAUCAAUUCACAAGCAAAUGAUCCUUCUAGUAUAAAUAGCCGGAACAGUAACAUGCAAGUACAGGAUAAUCUUCAAAACGUUAUCAAUUGCAACGAUAAUUACGGACACGAUUAUUCCGAAAAUGAUUAUGAAGAUAGAGGUUACGAAGAAUUGAACGACUCAUCAGGAACCCCUAUGCAAUAUUGUAACUACGGUUACAAAGAGGAUUAUUGUGAAAUGAGAAACUCACACCCUUGCGAUAGUCUUAUGAAUAACGUGUAA